UGUUGACUGGUUUCUAUGGUUACUAGGAAAGGCGAAUCAUUUUAACACUGUUGGUCGAUUUCAUUUUUUAACACAGCAUCGGGUCUCUUCUCAUCAGGUACACGUUUUCAGUUUAUCGAUUUCCAAGUCAUUAAGUUAAGACUAAGAGGUUCCCAGAAUUUUUUUUUCGGGUUACGAUGCCCUUGCUGCAUCCAGGUUCCCACAGGGAUCCCCAUGUCAAAUUUAAACAAACUUACCGUGACGUACAGUAUGGAAACUUCUGAAUUAAGCAUAAAUAUAACAUAUUAUGCUUGCUUGUGGUGGGUUGUUGUUCCGCGUUGUUCCUUCUUCUCUUCUUCAUGAGGUGUCACAUUUAUAAGGAGAAACAUUGUUGUUAUUUUUUCUUCGAAUCAGAGCCGCCUAGUCUCCCAAGGUUUGAUUCUGACAUUUUUCUCAUACACACACGCACACAAGAAAUCUAACACCCAUGGCGAGAAUUGACUAACUCAUAAUUAUCUUAUCAUCUACUGUCAGAGGAGUCUGAAGUUUAUAUAUUCUACUCCGACUCUUUGAAAAAUGUUUGUAUCCCAAAUUUGACUCCCAACUGUGACUGCUAACUUUUACACCCAACUUUGACUUCAGACUUGAGCUCCCAACUUUGACACCCAACUUUGACCUCCAGCUUUGACACAUAACUUUGGCUCCAAACUUUGACUCCUGAGUUCCUAACUUUGACAUCCAACUUAAACACCCAACUUUGACUCCAAACUUUGGCUCCAAACUGUGGCUCCAAACUGUGGCUCCAAACUGUGGCUCCAAACUUUGACUCCAAACUGUGGCUCCAAACUGUGGAGCCCAUGUAAAGCUUGUCUUUUUUGUCUAUUCCUGGAACAGCCAUGUCCUCUUUUAUUUCAGUUUACUGCUCAAACGAAACAUAACAAUGACCAACACAUAUUUCAGUUCCUUGCCUUGUGAACAUUAGAGCAGUAGAGAGCAGCAGAGAGCAGUAGAGGGCAGUAGAGAGCAGUAAAAACUAAAUCGAUCGCAGGUUGUGUUUGUGUAAACCUCGAUAAGUUCAACGCAAGAACUACCAACAAGAUCUAUAGAACAGUCACAGGAACUACCAACAAGAUCUAUAGAACAGUCACAGGAACUACCAACAAGAUCUAUACAACAGUCACAGGAACUACCAACAAGAUCUAUAGAACAGUCACUGAAAUAUCCCAACCAAGAUGUCAGCCUCUGAUACAGAUCAGGAUAAUGAACCAGACGAGAGAUUUGUAAGUACUUUUUUCAUCGGUGUUGGGUAGCUGUACUGGCCAACAGUUCAACUUACAUGUAAGGGUUACAGUGCAGGGGAGAUAGCUGUACUGGCCAACACUUCAACUUACAUGUAAGGGUUACAGUGCAGGCGUCUCCCCUGACUCUGUGGCAGGCACUACAAUUCUAAAGAUUGUUUAUAGCCUUCCAAUCGUGCCACCUUUGGUAGUUGCUCCCAUCUGAAGGCAACUUUGGACACACAAAAAUAUUACAUGUUUGAGGUUAGGAAGAGAGUGGAUCACAAUAGAUGAUUAACUGCCCGACAGAAACAAGAAGUUUUUGCUCAUCGAAGCAGAGAUUAUUAAGAUCGUCAUCGGUGUUUUAAGCAGUUCCUAAAGCUGUUUUUACAAAGCCGUUAUAUAAAUGAACAGAGCCGAGAGGACGGCUUGGGGGGGGGGGGGGGCAAAAAGGGUCAUCCGUCCCUGGUGCCAACAUCAAUUGACACCAAGGUCAUUAAUAACCCAUAUAAAAAAUGUAUAUGUUUCGGCUAAAGCCCAAAAUCGGCCAAAUCGGGAAAUGGCCGGCCAAAUCUGGAAAUGGCCAAUAUCGCCUCACAUUGACAGACCAAUGUCCGACAUUUUCUUGAUUUCGGGAUUUGGUUGGUCAGUUUGCGAAAUGGCAAGGGGCGAUCGGUCAUAGCCGGAAGAAAAGGGUCAUGAGCAGAUUUUGGGUGUUAGUAUACCGUAAUGAUAAUCACAUUCUAUUGAUUUUUAAUGAUACUAAAUUACCAAAUCAGUCAAAUUAGUUUAUUAUAGUAAAUUAUCAAUUUCUAUCAUCACUUGUUGCAACAAGAUGAGCUUUUAUGAUAUUUUGAAUUACACAGCAGUUUGUUAUUUUUAAAUUUCCAAUGAUUCGUGAAGCACAUGAUAGUACAAUUGCAUCGAAUGAUCACGUUUCUUUGCCUCUAGAACUAACCUAGCAGCUGAGUUUUGAUCUUUCUGCAGUUUUUCUACGAAAUGUUAUGGUGAAACUGACAGAAGAGACUUACAAUAGUCAAAACUAUUGAGAACAAGAGCAAAGACUAGUGUUUUUGUUGCGCUAACUGUGAGGUAGUGGAGGAUAGCGGUGUACGCAGAGCGACAGAUGUGAGAAAUAUGAUUAUUGAGAGACAUGAUGUCAGAAAGAAUAUAACCAACGCCGGCUUUAGGGAAACUUUCGCCCUGUGCGAAGCACCCGUACGGCGACACCUUCCCUAAUUUCCACGGCCUUUUGGUUGGUCCCAGCCCCAUUGUUAGUAUCCACAUUAAGAAUGCAACUUUCAUUAAAUGAAAACUCAUUGCAUGAAAAUUGGAUGUACGAAAAGUUAGAAUUCCGUUUCUCGAACCCCGGACUCGAGGUUUACAUUUCUCUAUAAUAAACUAAGGGAAUUUAAAUAUUUACUGGGCGCCCCAGUAACCCUAACCCCUAUGGCCACGGCACCCUGUGCGAGGGCACAGGUCGCACACCCUAAAGGCCGGCCUUGCAAGUUUAUGAAUUAGUCUGCAAGUAAUUUUCCAUCCGUACCUUUCGUCUGCUUCAUUACUUAAUCCACAAAUUGCGUGGACAUCGUUGCUGCAGGAUCCAUCCACAAGAAUGGGCUGAAUAACACACUCUUUCAUUCAAACAUUACACAUAAUCAGUUCGCAUUGUUAACAGUCUUGCAUUGAAUAUUGGUCAGGGAUUUCCCGGCACUUCGGGAAGUGGCCGGCCAAAGUAGCAGAUACACUGGCCACUUACAGUACAUCGGACAUUGGCAACACGCCUCGGCCAAAGUGCGAAAUGGCCGGCCAAUUCGGAAACUGGCCAAACUUCGGGCUUCGGCCGAAACAUAUAAAAAUAAUAUAUAUAUAUUAUAAAAUUUAUUGAUGAACUCUGGCGCAAUAUUUGGGAUUCGCCCCUGGCGUAGAUUUCUUUUCACACGGCCUUGUAUUUGGAUGUAAAAAAAAAAAAAUUAUUAUUAUCUAGAUUUGAAUAUUAUUGACUUAUCAUAAUAGUUGUGUAUAUGAUGUCAGACACGGGAUUCCGUUAGAAUUCUAAAACAAUUUUCUUUCAAAAAUGAUUCACAUUAUGCCCUGUGUAUUUUGGGAUGUGUGGGAUUGAGAGAACUUGAGAUGAUAAAAGAGAUGGGGAUAGAAGGUGUGUGUUUGUGUGGGCUGUGAAUUCUAGAUGCACUCAUUAUACAUGAGGGGUGUUUAUGUUUUUAUUUAGACACACGUGACAUGUGGACCAAGACCAAACAUUCCUUCAACAGUUAAUAUGUUGCCAGAUAGGCUAACCUUCAAAAAUACUUGAGAUAGGAAAAACAAUGAAAAUGAAGUACAAAUUUUUAAAAAAUAAAUAAAAACAAGAGAAAGGCCGUAGAUCUUUGUCUUGAGGCAAACGUCACCACUGAAGGCUACCAUAUCUUAUAUCUAGUGUCAUGUUGCGCUAACAUAAAGGGACAACAUAUUUCACGAGACCGGAGGUGACUCAGUAGGCCCUACCAGCUGCGCAAGAAGAGUGGUAUAAAAAAAGGGGGUGACAAAUUCUAUCAACUGCACAGAUUUUUAAAAAAAAAAUGUUUGCUGGAAGGGGACUGAAUAAUUCUCGGCUAGCCCCAAGUGGCACUACCCUUGCUACGCCACUGAUUUCCAUUAUCAAAUUUAGAAUCAGUGUUGCAACUGAUAAUAUGUGAUUUAAACGAGAUAACUGAUUGCAAUUAGUUGAUGGCAAAAAUUUACGAAUGAUUCUGACAAAUAAGAGGACGAAUUGCCAUCACCGGGUCAUGGCUAACCUCACGCUCAUUUUUGUUAUUACCUUACUGAUUUUUUUUUUUUUUAACGGUGGGGAGUCUCGGAACCUCUGAUAUGAAGAAACAUUCAGAUUCUCUACUGACUCUACCCCCAUCCUCCACCUCUUUAAUUUUUUUUUAUAUAAGUUAGCUUCUAUUAAAAUUACCUUUUGUAACCGGGUCAAAGUAGAAAUAAUGUCAUUUUCCUUGUUAAAUUUAUAAUUUUGAUAACUUUUUAUCUCCACCAGACAUUUUUCUGUGAAAUGAGUAUGCAAGAGUUCGCUUUUGGUGUCGGUGCUAUUGGAGUGAAUGCCCUUUGCCUCGGAAUGAUGUUAAAUAUCCCUACACUGACUUUGCACAAUCUUAUGUAUAAAGUUGCCCCAAAGGUAUCAAGGUCCUACUAAAAUACUUUCAAUUAAUGACUGUGUAUGGCAUAACCUAAGUAUUCUCUUUAACUGCUGUAACAAAACAAUAUCAUUUUUUUCUCUUCUAUUUAGAUAUAUUCAUCAUUAUUGAGUUGAGCAGUAAUAAUGGCAGUAACUCAUUUUAUAUUUCAAAUUAUUAUUUUUUUUUAAAUAAGCUAAAUAUAUUUCAUAGACUUAUAUCAAAGAUAUAUCAUACAAAAAUCGCAUAUUUUUUCCUCAGAAAUUUUCUAAGUUUAUGUUACAAUGUUGCAUUUGCUUCAUUGCAAUAGGGCAUUCUGCAACCAGACACAACAGACCAAGAAAGAAUUGGUGUUGCCAAGGCCAUUAUUGACUUCUGGUACAACAAGACCAGUACAUGGAAGCCGAAACAGCGGUUCAAGUGUCUUUUUGAUGCUUUUGCUACCCUGAGAGAGUAUAAGAUAGCAGCCCAACUCAAGGAAAGGUUUGAGGUGAGACUUUUAGUCUAAUUACCGGUGCCAACAACCGUUAUGAGCCUGAACAUUUUCUGCAUCUGAUAUAAACAAAAACCAAGUCAAAAGCACCUAAAUUCUGUUGCUCUCCGAUUAAGUUUAGAAGGAUGCAAAACUAAAUUCAGGUAUGCUCCAAAAUGAUUCACUGCGUUUUGAAUUUACAUUCGAAGCCCUCAAUUUCUGCAACGACGAUUAGUGUGAAAGAAACGGGGUGAAACUAAGCUGGAGCAAAAACAAUACCUUUUGGGGCUCCCAACGGAAUGAAUUCAGGUUAUGUAUGGCACUGGCAGCCAUAAUGUCUAAUUUUCGUGUUGAUAGAUGCCCUGCCACCUGCCCAUCACCCCAAACAUCUGAAAUGUCCUCUCUAGAUCAAAUUUUCUUGUUAAAGAAACACUACAUUCAGGUAGUAAGGCUACACGCCGAAUUGCACCCUUUGAUUUUGAAUUUAUCAAAAUUUUCACGGGAGACCCCUCCCUACUUUCGCUCGGGAGCCAUCAGCACCCUUGAUUUCUGCCUGCCUCCCCUAAUCAAAAUGACAGUGUCUGCACUUUUUAAACUAAAAAAUAUAUGCAAAGCCCAGCGGCGUAGACAGCGUUAGUGCUGCUUUGAGCAGGCCAAGAUUUUUGCCUCAAAGUUUUGCCUGUGCAACCUUGUUUUAAAAUGUGCUUCACAUUUAUAAAAGCCUGAAGCAGGCACUUCAAUGUAUUUUUUUUUUUCCCUCAAAACACUCACGAUGAUCCCAUUGAUGAAGCACUGAUACAUUAGUGUAUUCGGUAAGCCACUCACUUAACAUAAGAGACCCCCAUGCGUGUCUUUUAUUUAUUUUUUAAAAAAUAGGCUCACCCACAAAAUUCGUCCCUUCCAGCUAGAGUAAAAUAAUACAUUAAAAAUAAAAACAUACAAUAUCUAAUUCUUACGGAUGUCGAUGAUGAAUAAAAUAUUGCCCUGGCCUACUUACAAAAAGAAGAAAAUCGCAACCCGUUUUAGUUUUAGAAAACACUAACAUGAUAAAUUUAGUUGUACCUUAAAAAAACUGUUCUAAAUCCUUUAUGACUGUACACAUUUUAAAAUGCCUACAACUCUUACAAAGUACGGGGGUGAUAAACCGUACAUGUUGGCAUGUGUGCAAUUGAAAGAAACAAACUUUGAUUUCUUUUCUCCAGGCCAACCAGCCCAUUUCGCUUGAAAUUUUCCACACUUUUGACCUUGGUAGACUGGGAAAUUAUGUCCCCCCUGCUGUGGAUGCUGACUAUGAGGAAGAAGAAGCUGAGGAUGAAGAAGAGGGUGAAGAUGGUGAAAAUGAUGAUGAAGACUGAGCACGAGUCAUGUUGGGGACAGAUCAGAUAAUGAUUGUUUGCAAAGUUUAAUGAUACUGUUGGAAAGCUAAACAAAUGUGCUGUGUGAAAUUGACGGCUCGAUAAAAAAGAAUUGUUUGAGUGAAAUUUAAUUUUGUCUUUAAAUGAAUGUGAUAUUGAAAGGUCGUGAUAACUUUUUUAUUAGCAUUUUCCAAUCUUUGAUAAAUAGGUUGAAUAUACUAUAGUAAUAUUUGAUUACAAUUUUACUUGUUAAAUUCACAAAAGAAAGCAUUUGAAAAAAAAAGUAGACGUUUUGUUCAUAUUGAAAAGAUACAAAUAAACUGACAAAUAGU